GGCCGGGCUCGCUCAGUGGGGCAGACGCGCAUCGGGCACCCACGAGCCCGGUGGCGGCGGGCGGCGGGCGCGGCGCUGCUGCGCUCCCUGCCUAGGCCUCCCCGGCUCGGGGCUGGCACCGGAUUCAGCCAAAGUUGUGGCCGCAGAAAGCCUCCUGGACGCGAGGGCGGAAGUGGCUCAGCCCCGCGGAGCCCCCGCCGCAGGCCAUUGCCAGCCGGUGCUCAGGGUGCCCGCAGGGAUGGGGUAAGCCCGUCAGGCCUGUGGCACUUACCAGGGCCCCAGGUGGCAGCGAGAGGAUGCAGCUCUCGGCCGUGCUCAACGCCCUGCUGGUGUCCGUGCUGGCGGCGGUGCUGUGGAAGCACGUGCGUCUGCGGGAGCACGCGGCGGCUUUGGAGGAGGAGCUGGCCCUUGGCCGCCAGGCCCCCGAGGCGGCCUCGGCCCUGAGGAUCGACUACCCGAAGGCCCUGCAGAGCCUGAUGGAGGGCGGCACCCACAUGGUGUGCACGGGGCGCACGCACACCGACCGCAUCUGCCGCUUCAAGUGGCUCUGCUACUCCAACGAGGCCGAGGAGUUCAUCUUCUUCCACGGCAACGCGUCCGUCAUGCUGCCCAACCUGGGCUCCCGGCGCUUCCAGCCCGCCCUGCUCGACCUGUCCACCGUGGACGACCACAACACGCAGUACUUCAACUUCCUGGAGCUGCCGGCCGCCGCCCUGCGCUUCCUGCCCAAGCCCGUCCGCCUCUUCUUCAUGGAGGGCUGGGGCGAGGGCGCGCACUUCGACCUCUACAAGCUCCUCAGCCCCAAGCAGCCGCUCCUGCGGGCCCAGCUGCAGACCCUGGGCCGGCUGCUGUGCUUCUCCCAGGCGUUCGUGGGCCUCUCCAAGGUCACCACCUGGUACCAGUACGGCUUCGUCCAGCCCCAGGGCCCCAAAGCCAACAUCCUGGUCUCGGGCCACGAGAUCCGGCAGUUCGCACGGUUCAUGACGGAGAAGCUAAACGUGAGCCACGCGGGGGGCCCGCUGGGCGAGGAGUACAUCCUGGUCUUCAGCCGCACCCAGAACAGGCUCAUCCUGAACGAGGCGGAGCUGCUGCUGGCACUGGCCCAGGAGUUCCAGAUGAAGACGGUGACAGUGUCCCUGGAGGACCACGCCUUUGCAGACGUCGUGCGGCUGGUCAGCAACGCCUCCAUGCUGGUCAGCAUGCACGGGGCCCAGCUGGUCACGGCCCUCUUCCUGCCCCGGGGGGCCACCGUGGUCGAGCUCUUCCCCUACGCCGUCAAUCCUGACCACUACACCCCCUAUAAAACGCUGGCCACGCUGCCUGGCAUGGACCUCCACUAUGUCGCCUGGCGGAACAUGGUGCCAGAGAACACGGUCACGCACCCCGAGCGGCCCUGGGACGAGGGGGGCAUCGCCCACCUGGACCAGGCAGAGCAGGCCCGGAUCCGGCAGAGCCAGGAGGUCCCACGGCAUCUCUGCUGCCGGAACCCCGAGUGGCUGUUCCGAAUCUACCAGGAUACCACGGUGGACAUCCCAUCCCUCAUUCAAACCAUACGGCGCGUGGUGAAGGGCCGGCCAGGGCCGCGGAAGCAGAAGUGGACAGUCAGCCUCUACCCAGGCAAGGUGCGGGAGGCGCGGUGCCAGGCGUCGGUGCAGGGCGCCUCUGAGGCCCGCCUCACUGUCUCCUGGCAGAUCCCGUGGAACCUCAAGUACCUGAAGGUGCGGGAGGUGAGGUACGAGGUGUGGCUCCAGGAGCAGGGGGAGAACACCUAUGUGCCUUACAUCCUGGCCCUGCAGAACCACACCUUCACCGAGAACAUCAAGCCCUUCACUACCUACCUGGUGUGGGUCCGCUGUAUCUUCAACAAGCUCCUCCUGGGACCCUUCGCAGAUGUGCUGGUGUGCAGCACGUAGCGAGCGUGCCGAGGCCGGGCCUCCGAAGGUGGCCUCUGCAGCUCAGCGUCCCUGGGCCCGCUAACCCCCGUGGUGGCUUCUGGAAAUCCUGUGUUUAUUUAUUCAGCAGGCCUGCCCUGGGCCUGUGCCCCGUGACUUCUUACUGCAUCUGGGGCGUGGGGUUCGUAGCACUCUGUGCUGCCCUGUUAUGGUGGGACACCCCCUCCCGCACCCUUCUCCCUCCUGAGCGUCCAUACCCCUGGAGAAGGUCCUUCGGGAGGAGGAGAAGGACGUAAGGACCCCGAGAACCUCUUGGGCCGAGUGAUCGUGCUGUUCCUUACCGAGUCCUUCUGGUUGGUGCCCAGGUUUCCGGAAACGGCGAGUAAUCAGGGUGGUUUGGGCAAGUGACUCAUCAGCUUCCAUCACCGUAAAAUGCACCUGCAGCCCAAUAAGGUGUGUUUGGGACAGUCAUUAAAUGAUUAUAAACAUCUUG